UUUGGGGACGAGAAAUUAGCCAAAAAAACCCUUCUUUUUUUUUUUUAUUCUCGGAGGGGGUUUUGGUUGAAUUCUUUGCGAUCUUGGAAGUGGAUUUUUUGCUCAACAAUGGCGAUGAAGGCUUCUGCUAAUGGGUUGAACUUGGCGCCCACACCUUCUUGUUGUUUGGAAGCUCAAUCGAGGCGGGUUUCGGUCACUGGGCGAUCCCUUGGGACCUCUUUUCUCAAUGGCGGUGUUGGGGGUCUUAAAACAAAAGGGAUAAAGCUAUCUACCUCUAAUAGAUUGAGAUGUGGUGGGCGUGGUGGAGCUCUUGGUACUCAAAUGAAUUUAUUUGAUCGAUUUGCUAGGGUUAUUAAAUCGUAUGCAAAUGCACUUGUGAGUUCACUGGAAGAUCCAGAGAAAAUCUUGGAACAAGCUGUACAGGAAAUGAAUGAUGACUUGACUAAGAUGCGUCAAGCCACAGCACAGGUUUUAGCAUCUCAAAAGCGAAUGGAGAACAAGUAUAAAGCUGCCCAACAAGCUUCUGAGGACUGGUAUCGUAGGGCUCAACUUGCUCUAGGAAAAGGAGAUGAGGAUCUUGCUCGUGAGGCACUCAAAAGGCGAAAAUCUUAUGCUGAUAAUGCAGCCUCUUUGAAAUCUCAGUUGGAUCAACAGAAAGGUGUGGUUGAGAAUCUCGUGUCCAAUACUCGGCUUUUGGAGAGCAAGAUACAAGAGGCCAGGUCAAAGAAAGAUACUCUGAAAGCUCGUGCUCAGUCAGCAAAAACUGCAACAAAAGUGAACGAGAUGUUGGGAAAUGUCAAUACAAGCAGUGCCCUUUCAGCAUUUGAAAAGAUGGAGGAAAAAGUUAUGGCUAUGGAAUCUCAAGCAGAGGCUCUCAAUCAGUUAACAACUGAUGAUCUAGAAGGAAAGUUUGCAUUGCUUGAGACAUCAUCAGUGGAUGAUGAUCUUGCAAAACUGAGAAAGGAGAUUUCAGGGAGCUCUCUGAAAGGCGAGCUCCCGGCCAGCAGCGCAGCGGCAAGCAGUUCAAAUGCCUCAUUUUCUUUCCGAGAUAUGGAGAUUGAGAAGGAACUCAAUGAACUCCGGAGCAAGGCUAAAGAAUAUUAGGCUGCCAAUCUUAUCCCUCAAAGUACUUCAACUUAAGUACUUAUCCUUAAAAAAAAAAAAAUGAAGAUCUACCUAAACUCAAUGUUUCUCUUGAUGCAGUGAUUUAUUGUGAAGGGAAACACAUGGCAGCGUAUCAAGUCUUUGUUUGUGUAUAUACUUUAUAGUGUAUGUGCUUCUGUCAACCUACAAUAUAAGAUUUUGUGGUUUUCGAUUUUUCUAUACUUAAUUUCAUGUAAAAUACAAUAUCUGGACACAUAAAAAUGUGAAAUGUGGGUGUGCUUGAGUGGUUAGUGGAUUAUUCA